AUGGGCGACGAGCUAGACAUGAACUUUGGGGAACUGCGGGAUAAAAAUGAAAUCAUACGGAAAUACGUGGACAACCUGAACCGGCUCCGCCGUCUGGCCGCCCAGCGCGGGCAAAUCAGUGAGAGCGAGUUCAACAACUAUCUUAUCCGGCAUUAUUUCCACAACAACAACAUUAUCAACUACAUCUUUGACAAACAUACGAGCCGCACCCUGUUGAAAACGGUGAUCGACCGCAAAAAAAAGAUAAUCAACUUCAUCUUUCUGUUGCUGACACUAUUUGUGAUAUUUUCGUAUAAACACGAGGUGUCCACCAUUGUGCUGCGCAACAUCCAGAGCUUCAUCUACCCAGGGAUGCGUUUCUGGCGAAAGGCCACCGUACCCAUCAUCGCGUCCUAUCCAGCUUUGACCGAGUAUUACGACGAGAGUUGCUUGCUGACCAAUCCGUAUUUUCAGGUCGAGAACCUCAACUGUGAUCCGUGCGCGGAUGUAGCCAACGUUCUCGAUUUUACUGCAAUCCACGAGCCGCGCUCGUCGUUGGCCGCCGCUGGCGCUGUUCAUUACCCGUACAUAUUCAAAACUCAAAAAGAUCUGGUCGAUAUCGGUAGCCUACAGGCGCUGGUGCAACAGCAUCGAUCAGUGUUUACCAAAGACGCAUACCGGGUUCAAUCGACGGACGAUGCCAUUCGUAACCUGGACGAUCUGUUUCGUGUUUUUGCUAAUGUCAGCGGCCUGGGGGAAUCUAGUCAUGGUACCUCACCACCGGAGAGCCAUAACAUAUGGCGCUGCAAUCGCAUGGAGCCGGCAAGGCUAUUGCGACGAUUAUUCCCUAGACCGGGUCGUCUUCCUGCCACAGGUGUCAGUCUGGAGCGGUAUCUACUGAUUGACACGCCACAGGCUCCACUCUACAGCAUCCCGGACGCCGAGUGUGCCAACAUGUUCGUCAUCCAGGGCAGCGGAAGCCGAACGUUCUUGUUACGACCGACACAGGAAUGCAGACAUCGCUGCCGAACCCUUUCCGUACGGUUGCCUCCGUAUUACGGCUUGAUGUACAAUUGGUGGUACUGGAGGCCUGUAUCGCUGCCUGAGUUUAGCGCCAAAUCCCCAUCGAUUAGCUACGUAGGAAGCUAUUGCUGAGAACAGAAAGAGCAUAUGCCGACAGAAAGAACGUGUAGGAGCUUCUGGAAACAACAAGUUGAAUCGGAUACAAGAUGCCUUUAUUAUGAGUUGCGAGCUCUUAUUUUUGUGUCAUUAUUCAAUGCGCCAGUGUCGUAAUAACCACAUGUUAAACGAAUGAA